CACAGAGAUCCACUUGCCCUUGCCUCCCGCGUGCUGUGAUUAAAGGUGUGCACCACCACUGUCCGGCUUUCCCUGAGACGUUUGCUUUUGGAGAUCAUACCUGGUGGGCUUCAGCAUCUCUUCCAACCUCUAGAGUCUAAUUUCAGAGAGUAAGCUUCCCACUGAGCAGGAGAGCCAGGACCAGGGCCAGGAAAGGAGCAGGGGUGGUAUGCUCAGACAGGUGCAGAAAAUAGCAUGCACAGUCCCUCACCCCUCAGCCCUGGCGCAUAGACCCUCACCACACCCAACCUAUAAGCAAGCAUUGCAGCUCGGAUGGAAAGGGAUCCUGACAGUCGGGAGCCAAGGAAUACAUACCACACAUCACUGUAAGUGUAGCGGUUUACAGCCCUGCUCCAGGGAAAGGUUUCCCCAAUGUAACAACUCUGAUUUCCCCAGCAAAGUUGUUACGGUUCUGUUCAGGUUCCCAGAGUGUAAGAACUCGGCUCUGCCAAGGGAAGGUUUCACCAGCGAAAGUGAUACAGCCUUGCUCUGCUCUGCUCUGCUCCACCCAGGUUCCAUCUCUGCUCCUGCAAGGCAGAAGAAGGUCGUCUCCCAAACUUCAGUCAAGAGAUUUAUCCGGAGGGAAGAAUCCGGGAGGGUGGCUGCCUCUGCCAGGGCUGAAAAGGGCAGCAGCCAACUGAACAGCCGCAGUCGCAGAAGUCUGGAAAACACCCCCUUGAUAACCGCAGACACAGGUGGCCGGGGACCUACAAGCUGUCUGACAGCAUGGGUGUUUCUGAUUAAGAAGAGUUACCAGGAUAUUGACACUUCCCUGCAGAGUGCCGUGGUCACCAAAGUCAAGGGUGUGGCCUACACCAAUACCACCAUGCUUGGGGAACGGCUCUGGGAUGUAGCAGACUUUGUCAUCCCGUCUCAGGGGGAGAACGUUUUCUUCGUGGUCACCAACCUGAUCGUGACUCCUAACCAGCGGCAGGGCAUCUGUGCUGAGCGUGAAGGCAUCCCUGAUGGCGAGUGUUUCAAGGACUCUGACUGCCAUGCUGGGGAGUCUGUUGUAGCUGGACAUGGACUGAAAACUGGUCGCUGUCUACGGGUGGGGAACUCUACCCAGGGCACCUGUGAGAUCUUCGCUUGGUGCCCAGUGGAGACAAUGUCCUCGCCCACGGAUCCCCUCCUGAAGGAUGCCGAAGGCUUCACCAUUUUCAUAAAGAACUUCAUCCGCUUCCCCAAGUUCAACUUCUCCAAAGCCAAUGUGCUAGAAACAAGCAACAAAAAUUUCCUGAAAACCUGUCACUUCAGCUCCAAGAAUCUCUACUGUCCCAUCUUCCGACUGGGGUCCGUUGUCCGCUGGGCAGGGGCUGACUUCCAGGAUAUAGCCCUGAAGGGUGGUGUGAUAGGAAUCCAUAUCGAAUGGGACUGUGACCUUGAUAAAGCUCCCUCGAAAUGUAACCCACACUAUUACUUCAACCGUCUGGACAACAAGCACACCCAGUCCAUCUCCUCUGGGUACAACUUCAGGUUUGCCAGGUAUUACCGCGACGAUAAUGGGGUAGAGUUCCGUGACCUGAUGAAAGCCUACGGCAUCCGCUUUGAUGUGAUAGUUAAUGGCAAGGCAGGAAAGUUCAGCAUCAUCCCUACAGUCAUCAACAUAGGUUCUGGGUUGGCGCUCAUGGGUGCUGGGGCUUUUUUCUGUGACCUGGUACUUAUCUACCUCAUCAGAAAGAGCGAGUUUUACCGAGACAAGAAGUUUGAGAAAGUGAGGUGGUAUGCUAUGUGUACCCUGCUUCACAAGACCGGACUUGGUUCAGAAGACCUGGGGAAGAAGACGCCGCCCCCCGCAGGUCACACGGCAGAAGAUAUUUUUACAGGAUCUAUCUUAGUGGAUGAUGUUAGACAAGCCCCAUGACUCCUUGAGCUUCAGUGUCUCCAGCUUCGAGAUGAGGACACUGGCUUAUACAAAACGGACUUGGUUCUAGACAGACGCCUGAGGUCGAAGGAAGAUACAUGUGCAUGUGUGUGUGUAUGUCCUCUUAGCAUCGGAACACAGAACACAGCAUGGGAGGGUGCUGGGUCUGGGGUGACGGGAAGGGAAAGGGGUUCUGGCCUUGCCCUUGGAGGAGGCAUUUUGGAGGAACUGGGUCCAGAGUGAGAAAUUGGGUCAGGCAGCAUGUGCUUCCUCAGUGCCAGCAACCUGGACUGUGGGUGCCGCGUGGACCUGUGUGAUCUGUCUGGGUUGCCCAGGGCAGCCUGAACCCCGCUGGUACAGCCCCACCUGGCCACAGGCUGCUCUGCCGAGGAAAGAGUGGUCCAGCUGGGAGUGCAAGUCUCUGUCAGCACCCCAAGAAGCUUGUGGCCGUGUCUU